UGUAAGGUGGGGACUGACGGGCUUGUUGCUGCGCAGCUCUCAGGUCAGCUGGUCGCAGCUCAGCCACCACAGCGUGAUGUGAGCCAGUCUGCGUGUUGACAGCGGCACUAAAGCAGCAGAGCAGGUACAGCACCAGAUGCAGCCUGACGCGCGCUCGGAGCGCAGGAAUGAAUGGACCAGCUGCAUGGUUUGUCUGGAAGUGUCUGAAGAAGCCAAGCUGCGAUAUUGUUGGAUAUUACUGAAAGCACUUUAAUCAGCGACUGGUUGAAGCCCGAUUUCCCAACACUUCCCUGCCUCCGGAAAAAAAGGCCUCUAUAUGAUGAAGUUUAAGCCCAACCAGACCAGGACGUACGACGUCGAAGGGUUCAAGAGGAGAGCGGCAUGUCUGUGUUUCAAAAACGAAACAGAGGACGAGGUGCUGUUGGUGAGCAGCAGUCGCCAUCCAGACCAGUGGAUCGUGCCAGGAGGGGGAAUGGAGCCUGAUGAGGAGCCCUGUGGAGCUGCUGUCAGGGAGGUGUAUGAAGAGGCUGGUGUAAAGGGAAAGCUCGGCAGACUGCUUGGGAUAUUCGAGCACAAUCAAGACAGAAAGCACAGGACUUAUGUCUACACCCUCGUGGUGACGGAGAUGCUGGAAGACUGGGAAGACUCUGUGAACAUUGGAAGGAAGAGGAAGUGGUUCAAGGUCGAUGAAGCCAUAAGGGUGCUGCAGAGCCACAAGCCUGUCCAUGCAGAGUACCUACACAGACUUAAGGGCACCUGUAAUCCCACCUGCACUCCCAUGUGUGGCCCAGCUAACGGCAAUGGCCUGAGCUCCCACAUGACAGAUGAUGACGCACCCCACUAUGUUGUUUGCUCCACACACUGCUCAGACCUAGUCAGCAGAUAGGAGCCAUAAUGGCAGAGAGCAGGUCUUCUGAGAGGAAAUGAAUUUUCAGCUGAACUUCUUGAGACUGAUUUGAAGAGACACUGAAAAAGUUUUUCAAAUGUAUUUAAGACUUUUUUUAAUGUAUUAUUUUUUUUUAAUUCCUGUAAAGCAUUUCCUUUUCAACUUUAGGCAGACUGCAGUGCACUGAUUAUGCAAUAUAAAGGCCUGUUUAGUCUUAGAUGUUGUAUAUUUGACUGGCGGCACACACUGUGUGCUGGUGAUUUCCUGGAGGCGGUAUGGGGAAGUGUUGGCUCCUGGAGGAAGCCUUAUUCCCACAGUGACUCAGUGCCAAACAAUGUGCAAGAUGUUUGAAAAAGAGUAGCUGCAAGUCUAUGGAUGGACUUUACAAACUGCUACCUUGGGAAGUUUGUAAGGAAUUCUGCUAAAAGAGAUGAGGUAAAGUCUGCAGCAAGCGUGGACAGCAUUGUUAUUACUUCCUCAGCGCACACAGUAUCAUCUCUAAGCACUAGUGACACUGAACAAGCCUUAAAUCAUGUGUGUAUAUAUUUGAAUGCUGUCAAUGUGAGUGAAAACUGAGUAAAUUAGAGAAAAACUUUAUAUAGUGAACUGAAUCAAACAUGAAAUGGCACAUAUCCUCAGAAAAACUAUAAUCUAGUGCAUUAUAGCAAAUGUUUUAUAUAGUGUAUCUGCAGAGAUGCCUUAGAAGAGUCUGACAAAUGCUGCACAAAGUCUCCCAUUAAGUGCCUUCAUAAACACAAAGUAAAUGAACAGAACAAAUCAAGCCUUAUACAUGCUGUCAAAACAACCCAGUUUUUGGAAGCUGGGCUCCAUAGGACAUUAAGAAAAAUGUGGGUUUGCUUUUACGACAGAGGGUGCACAGUGACUGAAUUUAUGUUCCGCUGGGAAACAUGGACCGAAAAGUAUGACAGGAAUUAUGGUCGCCUGAUUCUAUUUGAUGCUUUGCUUUAAACUUUAAUCCAGUUUCUUCACAAGUUAAUAUUAUUGUUUUUAUUUAUUGCUUUUUAAUUGUCCACUUUUAGGCUUUUGCUUCAGAACAUAAUCAUAUAUUUAUAUAUAUAUAUUUUAAAAGUAAGCUUUCAUCUUUUUUCUCCCUGUGAUUAGUUUGGGCUUAGUGUUUGGACUAUACCAUUAAUACCAGGCUGUAGACUACUCCCCCUGGUGGCAAUGGUACAGUCCAACUACAAGCACAAAGCAUAGAAAUGGAAAAUUAAGUAUGCAAAGAAGGAAAAAAAACUGAAGCAAACCCCCAAACGUGCACAGUUAAAAAUCAAACUGAGAGUCGUUUAUUUUUGGAGAAAUAAACUGUGGAUCGUGGAAAUCCGUUUUUUAUUAUGUGAUUAUUUUUUGAUGGUGCUUGUUUCAAAGCGUUGUAUUGUGCAUGGAAGUCCUUUAACACCUAGGGGAAAAAAGCUCAAAUAUGGUCAUAAUUUAACUUCCUAGGCUACCAUUGGCAGGAAAGCCCAUCUAACAUCUUUCCUCAUUGUCCAUGUGUGACUGGGAUAUUCUAUUGUGUGCAAAAUAUUUAAAUAAACAUCGUUUAAAGAUAAUUACUAUU